AUGAAAGGCACUACCACAGUUCCAAUUGCUGCUACGGAACCCAAGGACCCUUUCGUCUACCCUACCAUCAGCAAAGCACCUGGAUUUGGACAUUCACAGAUCAUUCCUAGCUUCCCGUUCCUCGCAUUCGAGGAGCCGAAGAACCGAGCUCUUAUCACGACACAACCACUAGUGACCACAAACUCCCACACAACUAUUACAGGAUGCCGGCGGGCAGAUAAAACCAACAACAUUUUCAACCACCAAAGCGGCUAUUGUCUAUACUAUAAUUGGCCCCAAAUGACCCCAAAGACCCUGUACCUGCAGCCUUGCAUUUGCUCGCGCGACUACACUGGCACUCGAAACCGUUUCCAUCUGCAAAUCAAUCAUUUUGGUGCCGCUCUUGCCGUUGGUGUCGGUCACCGCAUGCCACAAACAAUCAAAGGAAAAAGUAAAACAGUCUCAUUACAUGUCCCCCGCCGUGCCGUCUUAGCCUGCACAUCACACGCCCACGGAUACACGGCAUCCCCAGCCCAAUCCCUCGCCCGACGCCCAUCGCAUCGCAUGUCAUCAUGGCUAAGCUUUUUCGUUGCCUCGAUUCCCUCGAAAGCUUGUCUGAUCUUCCAACGACCUACCCAGUUCCCCCGUGCCGGCUCCCGCUUCCCACCCUCGCCAGAUCGGCUCAAAUCACUAUGGCACCCGCUUGCCUUCUGCCUUUCUCUCACUAGCUAUGAAACCUCAUAG